AUGGCCCAAGCAGACGGGAUCCCCGUCCAAAGCACCAACUUCCCUCCCGUGCGGGCGUGCAUCUUCGACAUGGACGGCCUCCUCAUCGACAGCGAAGACGCCUACACGCGCGUCACCAACACCAUCCUGCGCGAGAACAACCGUCCCGACCUGCCCUGGUCGAUCAAAGCGCAGCUGCAAGGCCGACCGGGCCCCGCGGCGGGCAAGAUUUUCCACCAAUGGGCCAAGCUGCCCAUCUCGCGCGACGAGUUCCUCAAGCGCCAAGCAGAGCUCCAGGCCGAGGAGUUCCGGCACUGCAAGCCCUUACCGGGCGUGGAGUCGCUCCUGGGCAAACUGAAGAGCGCACACACGAAGAGCUCGACGACGGGCGGACUGUCCCCCGGCCGAGGAGGGCGGAAAGUGCACGUCGCGUUGGCGACGAGCUCGCACCGCAGGAACUACGAGAUCAAGACGGCCGGGAUGACGGAGCUGUUCGCCACGUUCCCGCCGCGGCAUAUCAUUGUGGGCGACGACCCCCGCAUACCCAGGGGCAGGGGCAAGCCGUUGCCGGACAUUUAUCUCCUCGCGCUGCAGAACGUGAACGAGACGGUGGCCGCGGAAGGGGAGGGCGAGAGGCCGAUCGCGCCCGAGGAAUGUCUCGUCUUCGAGGACAGCGUGCCUGGCGUGGAGGCCGCGCGGCGGGCCGGCAUGCGCGUCGUGUGGGUGCCGCACCCGGGUCUGUUGGAGGUGUACGCCGGGCGGGAGGAGGACGUGCUGGCAGGCAGGACGGGCGAGCACAAGGAGGACGAUUUAGAUCAUACCGAGGGCAUCCCGCUGGCGGGCAGUCCGGGCCAGCCCGGCGAGAUCAUGGACGGAUGGGGCGAGUUGCUGCCCACGCUGGAAGUGUUCGACUAUGAAAAGUAUGGGAUUGAAGUCAGUGACGCGCGCUAUGUCUCGGAGAACGGCCAGUCCGCGGUCGACGGGACGACGGAUAAAGAGCUGGAAGAGAUGACCGCGCUGGCGGACGGCAAGAGGCAUGCAGCCGAGGAGCCGGCGUCCAUGUAUCUUCCCAAGAUGAGUCUGUGA